CUCCAAAAUGUAACAACACUAACAAAAUGAUGACUCCAAAGAGACACAACACCAGAGAAAUAAUGGCUUUAAAAAAUAAUAAACCAGAGAAAGCAUAUAAUAACAACACCAGCGAAAUGAUAGAACUAAAAUGCAACGCCACCAACAAAAUAAUAACUUCAAAGAGACACAACACCAGAGAAACGGUGGCCCUAAAAAAU